AACGUCGCUUUAUUAGAGCAAAGCAACAACUUAGAUCUAUUAUAAAUAAUUUUAUUGAAACGGCAUUGUAUAGCAAUAUAACCUACUAGCAAUAUAGUUUAGCAGUAGACUGGACUGUAAAAUUACAAUAUACCCAAACUUGACGUUUAAGCAAAAGCAAAGGUAAGUUUAUGUGGGGGUGGAGUUUAUGUGAACUGACCUCAGCUGGAGUCAAAAACCCGACCCGUUGGAAAGAGAAGCACCUUUCUAAAAUGGAGAUUCACCUUAAUGAUAAAAGCACGCCCGUUGCCUCUAAAAGCACCUGUCUGCGGGUAGACCAAUAUGGAUUCGAGAGAUCAGAAGAACAUGAGUCCAAUGAGCAUUUAACUGUUCUUACCAGAAGAUCAAAGAAGUGGUCUAAACUUUUGCAGGGCACUGGUAAUGUAGAGAAGACUCUGAAAGUGAAGCGGUAUGUGAGGAAGGGAGUUCCGUGUGAACAUCGGGCUCAGAUGUGGAUGGCAGCCAGCGGAGCCCAUGAUCAGAUGGGGAGAAAUCCGGGCCAUUAUCACUCUUUAUUAAACGCUCAACAUGAUCAUGAGGUAGAAGAUGCUGUACGUGCUGAUAUUCACAGAACCUUCCCUGACAACAUUCAGUUCCGUGACUCUUCCCAUCCAUGUUUACAAAAAGCCUUGUUUAAUGUGCUUCUAGCAUACGGACAUCACAAUAAGGAUGUUGGGUACUGUCAGGGAAUGAACUUUGUUGCUGGAUACCUCCUCAUUAUCACCAAAGAUGAGGAGAAGUCUUUCUGGUUAAUGGAUGCUUUACUUGGCAAGAUCCUGCCAGAUUAUUACACACCAAAUAUGCUGGGCCUUCAAAUGGAUCAAGAGGUGCUUGGAGAGCUUAUUAGGUUAAAAGUUCCUACCGUCUGGAAGGUUUUGAAUCAGCACAAUGUAAUGUGGACUUUGGUGGUCUCAAGGUGGUUCAUCUGCCUUUACAUCGACAUCCUUCCAGUUGAGACAGUGCUUAGAAUAUGGGACUGCCUGUUCUAUGAGGGAUCCAAGAUCUUGUUCCGUGUGGCUUUGACACUAAUCCAUCAUCACCAGAACCUCAUCUCUCAGGCUCAGAGUCUCCCGGAAAUAUGUGAACGAUUUAAACAGAUCACCCACGGGGAGUUUGUGGAGGACUGCCAUAGCUUCAUGCAGAAAAUCUUUAUGGAGCCUGGAGGUCUCUCUAUGGCAACAAUCAGUAAACUCAGGGAGGCGUGUAGGAAUCGCAUUACUACUGCAAAGAAAAGCUGAUUCUGUAGACAUGUAUAUCACAUGAACUGUAUGUAUAGUUCAAAAACAGAUUUAGCUAAAUAUGACUAUUUGAGUUAAAAACUACUAUUUAAAGAGUGGUAACAAUUUAAAGGUCCAGUGUGUAAUUUUCUGGAGAUUCUAUUGACAGAAAUGCAAUAUAAUAUACAUAACUGUCUUCGGGGGUAUUACAGCUUGCAUAAAUAAGCGUCAUGUUUUAUUACCUUAGAAUGAGCUAUUUCUAUAUACAUACACCGUGGGUCCCCUUGCAUAUAUUUCGCCCUGUUCUGUCAGCCGUCGCAAUUUUUCGAAUGGGAGGGGAAGGGGUGGAGUGAGCGGUUGGUUGCAAUAGGCUCUUUCCACAAUGACUUAACUUAACUUCCGCCUUUUUCGCAAAGCAGUGUAUCAUAACAUCCGUCUUGUGACAAACAAGAAGAAGAAGAACUUCUGUGUUGCUGUCGCGCUGGAAUUUAACAACAGUGAUUUUUUUACAGAACACGUAUUGAAGUACUUAUCCUAACACCUUCGCUAACACAAAAGGAAAAACAAAACACUUACCUGCAUAAUCAAACAGAUAGUGUUCAACGAAGAAUUUGUAUCCUUUAUCUAGCUGUGAUCUUGUCUUAAGUGAAAAUUUGUCCGCAACAUUUUGUAAAUCAUCUAGCCGUAUAUGCAGCAGUUGUGCAAGGGACUUUAGUUAACUACUUUCUGAGGCGCUAGCAGAAGUAACGAUACACUACUUCGUGGCAGAACAGAAUAUGCACGAUGUCAUGUGAAAAUGGCCUAUUUUGCUGCUAGAUUUCACUGACUGGAACUUUAAGACCAUUUUUAAUUUUUCUGAAUUUACUAUUUAUUGGUAGGUGUUUAGAUGAAAUUAUCAUUUUUGUUUCAUUCUGUAAACUAAAAUUUCAAAUAAAAAUCUGGUUUCUAUUCACAUUUAUCUGGUUUAGCAAGUCAAAAUAACAGAAAAGAUGCUCUGUAUUUUUUCAGACCUGAAAUACCACAAAGAAAACAACUUCCUAUUUACUUUUAAAGGAGCCAGUCUUUGUUGUUUUUGAGUUUUAGAUUAAGAUCUGUGGGUGUUUAUCUAUUGAUGUUCAUGUUUCUAAUAAAAAAAAGCUUUAUAUUUCA